AGACCUCCAUUGCAAUUCUUAGAUGAAAACGAUGGUGUAAAAGAGAGAGAGAAUUGGCAGCAAGAAAGAGAGUUAUAGGAAGGGAAAGAGGAGUGAGAAAUUACAGGAGAAGAGAGCGAUGGAUUUGCAGUUGCAAGAAAAAAAAACAUGUUCAUUUUUUACCCAUUAUUCUUUUAAAUAUACUAAAUGUUCAAUUUAGGUACACCAUGCGCAUUGUGCACCCGGGUGCACCAACCACAACCGAAAGUGCCAUGCAACAACCCAACCAAAAUGGCGGGAAAUAUAAUGACAAUUACGAAGGAAGAGAGUUAGAGUGUUUUCAAAAAAAAAAAAAAAGAGAGUUCGACUCCCCAUCUUCACAUAAAUUGUUGCUCUCGUUUUCUCUACUUCAUUAAUAGAAGCGACGUUUACCCUCUUACCAUUAAACCCUCAAUUUCACUCUAAUGGAGCUCACUCUCAAAAAAUUUUUUGGGUUUUCAAAUUUUCGGCCGUAUCAGAAAGAAGUGAUUGAGAAAAUUAUGGAGGGAAGAGAUUGUUUGGCUGUUAUGGCAACUGGUAGUGGCAAAUCUCUUUGCUAUCAAGUUCCCCCCUUGAUUGCAGGGAAUACAGGCAUUGUGGUCAGUCCUCUGUUAUCUUUGAUGCAAGAUCAGGUAAUGGCUUUAAAACAACGUGGCAUCCAAGCGGAGUACCUAGGUUCUACUCAAACUGAUAAAACUGUACAGACAAAAGCUGAAUCAGGCUUUUAUAGCUUGUUGUUCAUGACCCCGGAGAAAGCAUGCGCAAUUCCUAAUAGCUUCUGGACAAGACUGCUAAAGGCUGGAAUUUGUCUCUUUGCUGUCGAUGAAGCACAUUGCAUAUCAGAAUGGGGUCAUGAUUUCAGGACGGAGUACAAACAACUAGACAAGUUGCGUCCUAUUCUCUCAGAUGUCCCAUUCGUGAGCUUGACUGCAACUGCUACAGACAAGGUCCGGUUAGACAUAAUUAAGUCAUUGAAGAUGAAGGAUCCUUAUGUUGCUGUAGGCUCAUUUGAUCGUAAAAAUCUCUUCUAUGGUGUGAAAUCUUUUAAUCGAGGCAUCUACUUCCUGGAUGAGCUUGUACAAGAGGUUUCAAAAUCUGUGGCUACUGCUGGAUCAACCAUCAUUUACUGCCUUACAAUUAAAGAUGUUGAACAGAUACACCAACUGUUGGAAAGCGCAGGAAUUAAGGCUGGAAUCUAUCAUGGUCAAAUGGGUAAUAAAGCUCGGGAAGAGGCACAUAGAUUAUUUAUUAGAGAUGAAUUGAGUGUCAUGGUCGCCACUAUUGCCUUUGGCAUGGGAAUUGAUAAGCCUAACAUUAGGCAAGUGAUACAUUAUGGUUGCCCGAAGAGUUUAGAGACAUAUUACCAGGAGAGUGGGCGAUGUGGGAGAGAUGGUAUAGCAUCUGUCUGCUGGCUCUAUUACACAAGAAGUGACUUUGCAAAAUCUGACUUUUAUUGCAGUGGAUUGCAAACAGAAAAUCAACGAAAAGCUGUUGUUGACUCACUGAUGGAAGCACAAAAGUAUUGCAUGCUAACAACGUGUCGCAGGAAGUUCUUACUGGAGCACUUUGGUGAAAUGGUUCCAGCGGAAAACUGUGGAAAUUGUGACAAUUGCACUACUACCCGGAGGGAGCGAGACAUGUCUAAAGAAGCCUAUCUUCUGAUGGCUUGUAUUCAUUCAUGCAGGGGUAACUGGGGUCUCAAUUUGCCUAUAGAUGUUCUUCGGGGAUCACGGUCAAAAAAAAUAGUUGAUGCUCAGUUUGAUAAGCUUCCACUGCAUGGCCUUGGGAAGGCAUACUCUUCCAACUGGUGGAAGUCGCUAGGCUCUCAACUGAUUUCUCAUGGUUAUCUAAAGGAGACAAUUAGUGACGUUUACAGAUUUGUGAGUGUCAGCACCAAAGGAGCACAAUAUCUCAAAUCUGCAGGACCUGACCAUCAGCCUCCUUUGAUCCUGCCUAUAAUUGAUGAGAUGUGUGAGGAAGACGAAGGUGCACCAGGUCAAGUUGAAGGCUUGAAAACUUUGACUUCCUCCGAAUGUGAAGGAUUAACAGAGGCCGAGGUUCAACUUUAUCACACACUUUUAGCAGAGAGGGCAAAGCUUGCAAGAGCCACUGGAACUGCUCCGUACGCAAUCUGUGGUGAGGCCACUAUUAAAAAAAUUGCAUUGGUUAGACCAUCUACAAGAGCAAGAUUAGCGAACAUUGAUGGUGUCAACCAGCAUUUUGUCACCACAUAUGGGGAUCACUUUCUUCAAGCUAUUCGGCAUCUUUCACAAGAUCUUAAUAUGUCGUUGGAUGGGGAAUUGAGCAUACAAACUGUUUCAGUGAAAAAGGUGACUCCUGUUCAAAACCUUCCAAAAAAGCUUACACCAGCAAAGUUUGAAGCAUGGAGGAUGUGGCAUGAAGACAGACAUUCCAUUGAGAAAAUUGCUAACUUCCCUGGUAGAUCUGCCCCGAUUAAAGAAGGAACUGUCCUCAGUUAUCUCCUCGAGGCUUUUCAAGAAGGCUUAGCUACUGAUUGGCCCAGGUUUUGUGCUGAGAUUGAACUUACACCCGAGAUGUUCUCUAGUAUAUUGGAUGCAGUUACAAAGGUUGGCUCAACUGAAAAAUUGAAGCCCAUUAAAGACGAAUUACCUGAAAAUGUAAAUUAUUCGCAUAUUAAAGCUGGUCUUACAAUGCUAAGCUGUGGUAUCUCUUCUCCAUCAGAGCUUAAUCCUCUGAAUAAAGCAAAUGAAGUCCCUGAAGCAGCUGAAUCAUCACCAAAAUCUUUGGCAUCGUGUCUUGCUGAAGAAUCUUGUAACUUAGAUCAUAAAUUGCCAAAGAAUAGGAAGGAUGAAGAAACUGAUUUUGAUUGUGAUAUGAUUACAUCGAAGCGUUGCAAAAUUGAUAAAGAAAAUGAUCGUUGCAGUGCAAUGUCAGCCACUCAGAGUUCUAUAGUAGAAUGGCUUAAAAACUAUGGUGACGGGGUUGCUUUGCACGAUAUUAUACAGCAUUUCAAAGAUUCAAGUGAAGAAACUAUACGGACAUUGCUUGUUGACCUUGAAGGUGAAUUUGUGAUUUACCAAAAGAGCGGUGUAUAUAAGAUGUUCUAGUGAAACAAUCGACACCUCAGUCAGAAAUAUUUUGGAAAAAACUGAUUAGUCAUCACUGAUAUUUCUGCCUGUAAAUCAGUAAGUCUGCAUAAUGUUUUUGUAAUGAAAAAUGCUGGUUAUCUUA